AUGUCAAAACUCGCCCGCACCCUCAAAGUUGACAUCACGUCGGAUACCGUCUGCCCCUUCUGCCUCCUGGGUAUUGCGCAGUUCGAGUCGGCCCUCGCCAAAUGGAACGCCAAGCACCCCGAUAAGGAGGUCAAGCUAGACGCGCGCCUCCUUCCGUUCCAGUUACGCCCGCAGAUGCCCGAGGAGCCGCAAGACCUGGCGACAUGGAGCGCGGCUAAUUUCGGCGGCGCACCGCGUGCGCAGGCCAUGCGUGCAAGCCUAGCACAGUCGUACAAGCAGGCCGGACUUGACCUCUCGACAUCCUCUAAGGUGUCGAACACGAACUCUGCGCACCGCCUCGAAACGCUCGCGGACACCAAGGGCCGUGCGACCAACUACGCCGUCGGCAAAGAGAUUAUGCGCGCGUACCAACUUCACGGGACUGCGCCGAACGAUCCCACUAUGCUCGCCAGGAUUGGUGUCGAGCACGGUCUGUUCGAGAAUGAGGCCAAGGGGCUGGAGUGGCUCAAGUCGGAUGCACUCAACAAGGAGACGCAGAGGGGAUACGCGAAUGCCCGUGCAGAGGGCAUCACUGGAGUGCCGUUCUUUGUCUUUGAUGACAAGUAUGCGAGCUCUGGCGCCGUUGGCGAGGACGCGUUCUAUGGUGUCAUCAAUCAGAUCAUGACCCAGUAG